CAUUUCCCAUUGAGAUGAAUGAAAAUACCAUUGCGUUAUCCUGACAUCCCCCCCAAAAAAUUUUUUUUGUAAUGUGCUUUUUAAUAAGGAAAAUAGCAUUAUAUAAUAUUGUACUUUAAAAAAAACAUAUAGUAAUACCUAAUUAAAUAGAAUGUAAAGAAAUAAUUAGUUCCUUCCGAUAUCCAUUGAAUUGGGGUGCGUGAAGACGAGGUUCCACUGUAUAAGCCUGUAGCUUCUUCAUCUUCACUUGGAGGCUCUGUCAACACUGACUGCAGACUUCACUUCACUGCAACGCCAGAACACUGAUCAGCAGCGCGAUGCCCGAGUCUUCUCGUGUGGCUCGUCAAAACCAAGAAGGUGGUCACCUCCAUUCCGGGGGAGACGACGCAGCAGAAGUAGGAGGCACUGUGGAUAGUCUUUAUCUUAAACAGGUCUCCCUCGCCAUGGCGGCUCCUCGUCAGGUGACGCGGACUCUGUCCUCCGGUCAGCUGCAAGCUCUGAUGCAGCACAAACAGCAGGCCCUCAUCCUCCACCAGCAUCAUCUCAAAGAGUUUUACAAGAAACAGGAGCAGAUCAACGCACAGUUGCUUCAGCAGCAGCCGGCAAAGAAAAGCAAAGAGCUCCUCGCACAGCAGCUGGCGCUCCAGCAGCUCCUGCACAUCCAACAGCAUCUUCAUUUUCAGCAUCAGCAGUCAGUCUGUUCCUCUGCAGCUAAUAUCAGCUCUGUGGAGUCGAAGCACGUUUGGAAGGAGAUGACAACAAGAGCGGCAGAAGAAGAAGACGAAAACACCAAGUGCGAUCAUAACGGCGCUGAUAAAAAGAAGACAAUUGAUGAGAGACAGACGCGCGACCUCCUGUCAUGUUGUCCUCAAAAUUGCUCAAGUGAAGCUGACUUAACGACUAUAAAUGUCCUCUACGGUCACGGCGUGUGCAACUGGCCAGGGUGUGAGUCCAUCUGCCAAAACUACAGCAAGUUUGUAAAGCACAUGCGCUGCGAGCACACACUGGAUGACAGAAGUGCAGCUCAGUGCCGAGUCCAGAUGCAAGUGGUUCAUCAGUUGGAGAUUCAGCUCCUCAAAGAACGAGAGCGUCUGCGAGCGAUGACUGCUCACCUUCAGCUGACGCCCACUGCAGAAUCCAACUCUGCACCCACAGGAUCGCAUUUGACCCCACGAGACACGUCAGUCGACCCGCUCUGUCCGCAGUCCAGCUCGGUCACCUGCAACUCGCCCUCGCCGAGUCCUCCUCACCUUCUGGCCCCCGUCGGCGCCCCGCUGCAGGAAGGACCCCCUCGUACGACAUGUGCUGGGGCCAUGAGACACCGCCAUCACCGGUUGGCCUACUCAUCAGAAAAAGAACAUGAGCUCUACAAGAACGCUGACAUCAGACCACCUUUUACAUACGCAACCUUAAUAAGACAGGCCAUCCUAGAAUCAGCAGACACGCAGCUAACACUAAACGAGAUCUAUACUUGGUUCACGAGGACCUUCGCCUUUUUCCGCCGCAAUGCCGCAACGUGGAAGAAUGCUGUGCGCCACAACCUGAGCUUGCACAGAUGCUUCGUGCGCGUGGAGAACGCGAAAGGCGGCGUGUGGACGGUAGACGAGGCAGAAUACCAGCGGCGGAGGUCCCAGAAGAUGGCGGGUUCUAUCGUUCAAGGUGACAUCACGAAUAACUGGAGUCCACUAUUGAUGGACUUCGGGUCCGUUUUGAACGCCAGCUUACAGACGACAUUUACAGACGCAGCAUCGCUGGGAUUCAAGUGCGGGAAUGGAAAAAGUUUGGAGUCGCCCGCACAACAGUGUCAUUUGAACAUGUUACACACUCACCAUCGAGAAUCCGUGAUGGGAAACAAUGGCGGUCCGCAACUCGACGGGACUCGAAUCAACGACAAAGACUUGCUGUGACUCCUCAGACUCACACACUGCAACAUUACGAUUCAAGUCAUUACCCACAAAAACAUUGGGUGUAUAGUACAGUCUACAUGAUGUGUGUGUGUGUGUGUGGAGGGGGGACUCGUUAUGGUAUCAACUGUGGAAAUCUUCUGUACUGCUUCUGAGUCUUGAAUGAUCAUCACAUGCAUCAUCACAUGCAUGUUUUGGGGAUGUGUGAGAAAGUACUUUUGAUUCUAAUUACUCCUUGGAGGUGGAAAGCAGUAGUUUCACUUUUAUUUGUGUUAUUGUUGUUGUCUCUUGUUGUGCGAUGUACUGUAUCAAAAUCAGAAUCAUCUUUAUUUGCCAAGUAUGUCCAAAACACACAAGUAAUUUGUCUCCGGUAGUUGGAGCCGCUCUAGUACAACAGACAGUCAAUUUACAGAACACUUUGGAGACAUAAAGACAUUGACAAAAAACAACAACAAACAACAAUUGUGCAAAAAGAUGCAGAGUCCUCAGUUCGAAUGGCUAAUAUCACAAUAGUCCGGUGCAAUGACCAUUGUGCAAAGGGCACAGAGACUUCAAGGAGUGUAUGCGGUUUAAAGUGACGAGUAGUGCGAUAAUCUGGGACAAUGGUUGUGCAAAUGUUACAGAUACUCCUCAAUCAGUGUGCAAAUGGAGCAGAUGCUACUCUGGCAUGAGUGGCCACUAUAUGCAAAUAGUGCAGCACGGCGAGACAACUACAGUGAGUGCACGAGUAAUACAUAAUUGGCCCCACAGAAAUGUGACAACGAACUCAAGUCAAAAAAUUGCCAGCUUGUUGUAACGGAAUUGUAUGUCAUUAGUGUCCUUAAUAAACUGCUUGAUCAAUUGA